AUGGGCAAAAGAGUCUAUCGCGAGUGGACGCCCACCGAGGAGGCUCGGCUCCCAAACUGGAUCGUCCUCCAUCCGGAUUCCGAAUGGUCGUGGGACAUGAGGGCCAAAGAGUAUUCAGAGACCAUCCGCCCAAGAACCGCGGAAUCCUUACGGUCUAAACUUCGUCAGUUGAGAAAGAAUAUCAGAAGACGUCGUCCCGUACCUAGGAAGAAGGCGAGGAUAACACAAGGUAUGACGGCGAAGCAGGCUCGCAAAGAGCAACAAAGAGCACGAGAGAUGCCUCCUCUGGUGACCACUAGGGCACCGGCUCAUCGGAAGCAUACAAAUUUCCGUGAUAUAAGGGCGGGACCUGAGCAGGUGAAAAGCGGAGGAAAGGCGGUUCCAACCACUGAGUUUCCAAGAUCGCCGCCCACAACCCAGGUGGGCAUGAAGAGUCCUAUCCGUGGUAGGGCUCUUGCGCGCCCAGACCAAGACUCUAAAUCUUCCAGUCUGUCGCAGCCACCGGUUCGCGGGCCAUCCCAAGCCAUGGACCUGGUCUGGCAACUCGUCUAUCAGUUUGCAGGCCGUACAAGGCCGCGGCCCUCGGGCCAUCCACAUCGUCAACGUUAG